GCUGGGGACAUUUUCUGAUUACAUUUAAGGACAAAUAAGUUUAUGUUCAGACAUUAAUCCCACCCACUCUCAAAGAUAAAUGGAUUCAAACCCUUCCAGACAUUGAUAUAACACAAGUAGGAUUUAUUUUCCACGAUCGGCAUUUUCUUAUUUGGAUCAUAGCUCCUCUCCUUCAGUUCAUAUUACUUGUAUUGGUUGACCAAUCUCAGAUAGAACUAAGCAAAUGGAGAGCGGAAGUGAGAAGUGGAAUUUCAAAGGGAACAAAGGGCUCAAUGCUUCAGCCAUCUCUGUGAGAAGGGUGUAUAACAUGAUCAGGAAUAGCAUCAACAACAAUGAAAACAACAACUACAAACAUGUGGUUGGUCUCUGUCGUGUAGAUCCCACUGAUAAUCCAUUGUUUCGGACUGCCCCUGUUGCUCCUGAUGCUGUUGCAACUGCUGCUCACUCCUUCAACUUCAACGGUUACCCUCCCACUGCUGGCUUACCUGAUGCAAAGAGGGCUAUUGCAAAUUAUCUCUCAUCUGAUCUUCCAUACCAGUUAUCACCAGACAAUGUUUCUCUCACCCUUGGUGGCACACAAGCUAUAGAUAUAAUCUUACCUGCCCUUGCACGUCCUGGUGCCAACAUUCUCCUUCCAAGACCAGGGUACCCUCAAUAUGAUGCUUGUGCCGCUUGUUGUCUCCUUGAGGUUCGGUACUUUGAUCUCUUGCCUGAGAGAGGAUGGGAGGUAGACCUUAAUUCCCUUGAAGCUCUAGCAGAUGAGAAUACUGUGGCCAUGGUCAUCAUCAAUCCUAGCAAUCCAUGUGGGAAUGUGUACACGUCCCAACAUUUAAAUAAGGUUGCUGAGACUGCAAGGAAACUUGGAAUCUGUGUGAUUUCUGAUGAAGUUUAUGGCUAUGUAGCUUAUGGAAACAAUCCAUUUGUUCCAAUGGGAGUGUUUGCUCCAACAGUACCAGUUAUCACAAUUGGGUCCUUAUCAAAAAGAUGGUUGGUUCCUGGUUGGAGAAUUGGUUGGAUAGCCACAAUGGACCCCCACGGAAUUCUUCAAAAAACUGGGAUCAAGACAAAUAUUAUCAGCUAUUUGGAGAUCACUUCUCACCCUCCAACCAUCAUGCAGGCAGCAAUACCUCAAAUCCUUGAGAGAACAGAUGGUGAUUUUCAUUUAAAAAAUCUUAAUAUAAUGAGAGAGGCUGCAAACAAAUUCUAUGAUGUAUGCAAGGGGAUCCCUUGCUUGACAUGCCCUCACAAACCUGAAGGAGCCAUGGCUGCGAUGGUGAAGAUUAACUUCUCACAAGUUAAGGACAUUGUUGAUGAUAUGGAUUUCUGUGUCAAGCUGGCCAAAGAGGAAUCUGUACUUCUUCUUCCUGGUGUUACUGUUGGACUCAAGAAUUGGGUUCGUAUUAGUCUUGCUGUUGACCCUUCUGAACUUGAAGAGGGUCUUAGCAGGAUAAAAGCAUUCAGCCUUCGGUAUGCCAAGAUGUCAUAAAUAGUGUAACAUGGGAGGCUGUGUUGAAUACUAGGUCUCUAUAUCCAAUUUAGUUAAGGACUUAUGGCAAUAAGUUCUUAUCACAAAAGGAUCUGUUAAUAAGCAAAUUUGAGAAACACAACUUAAUUAAGCACUUAUGGUCAUAAGCGCUUAUAAUAAUACGCGCUUAUUCAUAAGCUAUUUUAAAAUAUUUAUUGAAAUAAAUAAAAAAUAAGCUAUAUAUAAGCAUAAGCUCUUUUCCAUGAGCUAUCCUGAGGCCCAGUUUGGAAGAGCUUAUUUGAGCUUAUCUGAUAGCAUAAGCUCUUAUGCCAGUGUUUGGAAGGGCUUAUGCAAACAGCUUAUGGCCUGCCAUAAGCUCUUUUCAGCUUAUUUUCAUAAGCUACUCAGGAUAGCUUAUGAAAAACAGCUUAUGCUUAUAUACAGCUUAUUUUUAAUUUAAUUUAAUAAAUUUUUAAAAAUAGCUUAUGAAUAAGCGCUUAUGUCAUAAGCGCUUAUGACCAUAAGCGCUUAAUUAAGCUGUUUUUCCAAACGGGGCCUGAAUAACUUAUGAAAAUAAGCUCAAAGUAGCUUAUGGUAGGCCAUAAGCUGUUUGCAUAAGCUCUCUCAAACACUGGCAUAAGAGCUUAUGCUAUCAAAUAAGCUCAAAUAUGUUCUUCCAAACGGGACCUAUGGGUAAACAUAAACUCUUAUUAAUAAGCUAAUUCGAAUAAUUUAUGAAAAAUAAGUUCAAACAUGUAUGUGAAUGAAAUUCGAAGGAAGCACACCAAUUAGCUGAGGAUCAUCGACAAUCGAGUGCGAUUGAAGUUGGAUUUCAACACUGCAGCAUGAAAUGUAUGCGUUCGAUUUGAAUGCAGAGAAUACGAAAUGGCUUCUUUUAUUUUUUUUGGUCAAACGAAAAUGGCUUCAUAUUCAUAUUUUGUUAAUGGCUAUGUUACACUGGAGCAUUCAUCA